AUGUCUUCAGAAGUGAUCAACAUUUCAAGGCAUCUGAAAUAUCUGAAGAAUCUGAGUGACCGGACAGAUGUAGUGGGUGAGCUUCGAACUGCAGAGGAGCAGGUUGAGGAGCUGCGGUUACUAUGUGAAGCUUACACCAGAUCGCUUGAAAAAUGUCUUCACACGCACACCACUGCCGACGAGAAGAAGUUGAGGAAGGUGCCAGAAUAUCAAGCAGCCGAAACCCUCAAAGAAACACUCAGCUGUCUCCCUCCAGUGGAGAACCCCGAGCACCAGGAUCUCCUCAGGAGUGUGGUAGCAAGAGUGGUGGAGGUGCAGCAGGCAAUGGGAUUGGAUGUGGUGGAGUAUGAAGAUGCUCUGGACAAGCAGAUUUUGGGGCCUCUCGCACACCUCAUUAAAGAUGAAUUUCCCUCCAUUGCCAAACAGAAGAAACAACUUAAGCAGGUGGGUCUGGAUUUGGAUGCAGCUAAGACACGGUGGCGCAACUCUCAGGCCAACCCAAGCCCCAAUGCCAAGAUGGACACCUACCGGGAGGAGCUGGAGGAGGCAGAGGCCAAGCUGGAUCAAGCACGGGACACAUAUGCUUGUGACAUCUUCAGUCUGAUGGCACGGGAGCGUGAGAUAUCUCAGUACAUGUGUGGCUACCUGGAACUUCAGAGAGAAUUUAUGCAGAAGACUCUGACGAAGUUAGAUCGUGUGCUACCAGAUAUGAGGCAGCAGCUAGAAGCCUCCUCCAGUAGCCCUGCCUUUGGUGUUCCCCUUCGUGACCACCUAAAAAUUGUCCAGCAGGAAAUAGCUGUCCCUUUGCAAGUGUGUGUGCGGCGUCUGGUAGAAAUUGGCCUUUUUGAAGAGGGUCUAUUUCGAGUGGCUGGUAGCACUUCCAAGGUACGCCGCCUCAAGGGAGCCUUUGAUGCAAACUUGGUUACGAAUGAAGCUCUAGCUCAAGUGGAUGAACAUGAUCGUGACUAUGACGUCCACGUCGUUGCAGGCACACUCAAGUGCUACCUGCGAGAGUUACCAGAACCCCUUUUAACACAUUUUCUCCAUGAUCAGUGGUUAGAAGCUGUGAGGCAGACUGAUCACCAGCUACGUCUCAAAGCCCUAUGGCUUGUUGUGAACCAGCUCCCACCUGCCAAUUUGGCCAAUCUUAGAUACCUUGUGAAGUUCCUAGCUAAAUUGGCAGCCAAUUCUAGUUGUAAUAAAAUGUCCCCAAGCAACAUUGCUAUAGUUAUGGCUCCUAACCUGAUAUGGGAUCAGCGGGAUUCUGAGGAGCAACCAGAUAUGUCUACCCUGGGCCGUAACAUGAGCCUUACCAGUGACUAUCGGUCCAUUGUUGACCAUCUUGUGGAAUAUAGUGAUUACUUCUUUAAGGAGGACAUAGAUUUUGGCGUAAUACCACGAGUGCCUCCUUCACCCUCGAGACUUCACACUGAGCCUAAUGGCUCUUUACCUCUGCCGGCUCAGCAUGGUCGACCGGCACCCCAAACCCACCGGCGUAAUGCCAGUUCAGAUCUAUCUAGCCGUAUAGAUAGCAUGAGCGCUUCGUUAAUUGUUGCUCCCACAACAUCUGACUCAUGUGAAAGCCCCAAGCAGCCACAGAGAACAAAGAAAAAGCAAGCACCUAGACCUCCACAAGCUAGACCAUCAAGCACUCAUGGAUCCUUUGGUAUAGGCAGCCAAGAUGGGCAAAUAUCAGGAGGGAGCACAAACAGUGCCUCAGGUUCACCAGAACAAGCUCGAAGUAAUACCCCACCUCGAGAAACCAUGUCACAGAUCUUGGUGCCAGCGCCUGCUGCCAGACUUCACCAUAGCAAUAGUAUCAGGAGACCAACUGCAGAACCUCCCAAACCUCCUGGAGCCCCUACUAAACCUCCCAGACCUAGCCCUCCUACUGUUGAACAUCUAGAAAGGUCAGCAAUAGCCCAACAAUAUUCAGAGUAUAAGACUGAAACAAAAGUAGUUCCUCUUGGAUUUGAGCAAAUUCAUACUUGUAAGGAGACUGAUAUAAAUUGUGAUGAGAGUGAAGUUGUCUUGCGGAAAAAAGACACUGGGGAAGGACCAGGUCCCAUAGGUUUUAUAGUGGAUGGUAAGAUGGAAAGAGAGGAUGGGGAUUCUUCCCGAUCCUUUCGUAAAUCUUUAGAAAGUGUGUUACAGCAUCAGGCUGCUGGGCAACCUGUUGCAUUACCUCGCCACAGCUCCUCUUCAUCAGUCAGCAGCGAUGGAGAAACAAUACCAGCAGGUGCCAUUCCCCUGCCACGUCUUGCCUCUGCUGGUGAGAGUACUUUACGUCCAGUGAUACCUCCUACUCCAGUCCAACGUACCACCAUUCCUUCCAUUCCUGUAGCACAAACAGCCCAACGGAUCACCAGGGAUAGUACCCAGACUAUUGCUCCAGAUCGGCCUGAACCAAUAGUAAGACUAAUGCCCUCUAAUGUUGUAAAAGUUUAGUAAAGUGUGAAUUAAAGAUAAGU